GGUCGUGUUUCUGAACUGCAAUAAUAUAUUUCAUAUGCACAGCGAUUUGGGUUUCAGACUAUUAUUAAAAGUUGGAUCGUUGGAAGUUGAGAAAUUGUCCCGGCCGCCGUCCGCCUAUCAGAAUCGCUACGCGAGGAAGACACUGUACCAGAGGAGGCGAGGGUUGGACCAUGAGUCACACGGAGUCUGUAAACACUGCCUCAUGUUCCCUUACAAGGUAGCCGGAGUACUGCUCAGGCAAAUGAGAAGGAUGAGACUUCAGUACCAAGUGCUUAUUCUGCUUGCCAUUGGCCUGGCGUAUCUGUGCGUGUCCCGGGUCUUGACAGGGUCGGCAAUGGAAGAGGACCAACAUUUGGAGAUGCAGAGGCACAUCCAUCAGGCGCAGGCGCAGUCGCAUUCCGCCACAGCCGGGGCAAAGGUCGUUUACGAGAAAUCGACGGUCUGCAGCAACCGUCGGGCAUGUCGGGUUGGUCAAGUGGGCUUCCAUUUAAUGUCUGGGUUUGAGAACGCAAAGAAGCCCUACAUGUGUCUUAACAACAAAAUAGUUUUGAAGGAUGAAGUUUCGGGCAGAGGACUGAACAUGGUAGUCUUAGACGGAAAUAUCAAAGAAGUUGUUGUUAGUUGGCAUGCAGAUACAUAUUUAGAAUCGCCACCAGCACUGAUAAACUUCCUUAAGAAAAUUGCUCCCAAGGACGUGCUCAUCAUCACCACCUUUGACGACGCAUUCCGUAAGUUGUCCAAAGAAGUCAAAGACAUGUUGGCCAACGACUUCAAAAGUCAGUAUAUCAACCAGAUGGCUUACCGGUCUUCCUGGGUGUUCGUUGGACAGAAAGGGGUCAAAACUUCAGCCGGAAUUGAAAAGUUGAAUUUGAUACAUGGGCAGUGGGCUGAUAAAAUUGAACUUCGCGGAUGCUUGUCCUUACCAAUGAGCACCAACACCAGCACCAUAGAGCCAGGGCGGGACUUAUCCAGUAACUGCAACCAGCCAGAGUGUGCCAACAACAUGUUCCCUGUCACUGUCCAAGCAGGCGUCACUGUCAAGAAGGUCCAGCAACCCCCAAGCGUCUGUAUCGAUGGACAGCAAGUGAUGGGUCCAGUGAGGAUCAAACAAUAUGAUCCGGGCUCCCGAGGACUGAACUGCAUCAUCUAUGACCCUGUGCAGAUGAAAGUUGUCAAAAUUGGCCGUUUUGACACGUACAACUCAGCUGUUGAUGACAACUUAAUUCAGACAUUCUUGGGGAGUUUAGAGGUCGGACAGAUCAUCAUUAUAGCUUCACAUGAUGAGGCGUCCAGAAAGUUAUCCUUCAAUACAAAAACUGUCCUCAAAGUCCUGGGCAGCAGCCAGAUUGAGGAGUUGAAUUUCCGAGACACGUGGGUCUUUGUGGGCCAGCGGGGGAGCCAAGGCUUCUCUCCCUAUGAGAAGAUUGGCUUCAGGGAAGGGACCGGAUGGGGACCCAAGGUGGAAAUCAAGGAGUGCAUCCCGCUCAAAAUUGAAGGGGUAGCUGUUCCCUCAGCCCUCGGCAAUCGAAAGAGGAGAGACUUCUGCAAACAGUACGACAAUUACCCUGAUUUGUGUUCUGGAGAAAAUGUCAACAAAACCCUGCGCCCUUUGCCCCUGGACGACCCGACACUGACCAGCAAUCCUGCUUACAAUCUACCCAUUGUUGUUGUACCUGGAAUUGAACUGGAGCCUCUGCAGAGAAGUCUGUCCUCGCUGAUCGCUGUGCCCGGCAUAAAGCCUAGCAACGUCUUGGUGAUACUGAACGGGAAUUACCCUGAGCCCAACGACCUAGUCAAGCUGUAUGACUUUGCCAUUGAGUACAUCAAGCCCAAAGCAGACUAUCCAGCUUUCCUGUACGAUGCCAUCGGGCGGGCACUGGAACUGUUCAAAGGCAAGGAGAAUAUCAUUCUCUUGGAGGGCUACCUGGAGGUGACCCCUGACUUCUUAAGGUACUUCUCACAGACGUUGCACAUGUUGACCAAGGACCCGACUAUUCUGACCGUCUCAGCCUGGAACCCGAAUGGUUUCGCCGCUACCUCUGGGGAUGAGAAUCUGGUGUACAGGACAGACGACUUCCCCGGAUUUGGGUGGAUCGUUCGUCGUUCCCUGUGGACGGACAAGCUGCAGAACCAGAAGGAGUGUUGCUCCCUCUCCACCUGGAGGGGGUGGUCCUUGGGGGAUUUGGUAGGAGGUGGGUCCAUCAUCCCCGACGUGUCAAGGGUCAAACGGAUCCAGAGACAAGGUGGCUUCUAUGAGGACAAACCUUUCAUGAGUCAGUACUUGCUCAGCCGAACCAGCUCUAGCGCUGGUCCUCUAUCAGAGCCAACCAUGGUCUACAAACUAGAAGCCACAGAAUAUGAGAAUGAAAUCUUGCGUCUCAUCACCCACAGCGUGCCCCUGAAACCAGAUGAUAUCAACAAGUGCCUUACAGAGGGGAAUCUGUCGUUAACGUUCAAAGCUCACGCUCAAAAAAUCUAUGCUGUUUUCUACGAGCAGGACUCGGUUGAUGACCACACUCUUCUCAGACGGCUAUGCAAAUGUUUUGGCCUGUUUGUGUUUGAAGACGUUCCGUUAACUAACAUGCAUAAGGGAAUCAUUAGAUUUACACAUAAGGGUAACCAUUUCCUCCUGGUAGGCAGCAAAACGGUUUACUUUGUCAACCGGCCGAAGGCUGCAGCAGUUUUAUCCAAUCCAGGCAGAAUGAAUGAAAAGGGUUGAAGGAGUGUUGGUUUGAAGUUAUCCCACCCAGAUCAUUUACCUCUUCAUUUUUGUGCUUUUUAAGAAAACCCAUUUCCAUCACACGCUCUUUGUUCAACCCUCCCCUCCUAAAAACAUUAUUUUUGACACAGCGUAACUUAACUGUAGAGCAAGAUAAUUCAUGUGUAUUUACACAUGUAUAGGUUUUUUGGGGGCAAAACUUCAACGUGUCCUUCAAUUUGGUCUAGAAUUUGUUGGGCUUGAGGAAGAAACAUGUUCUUUUAUUUGCCACUUUUUUCACAUACAUUCCUUGUUUCGAAUCAUGUUGUCUGUAUAUUUUGCUGAAUCAUUUUUGCAUUAUGAUUAAAGUAUGUAGUGCAGAACAGUUGAGAAUCAUGAUUAGGUUGAAGUUAAUUGUGGUUAAAAGGUUUUAAUGGGAUUUGGAUAUUCAUUGCAUGUACCAGCCUAUUUGUCCAUAAUAUUUGGAUCAUUUUAAUUGAAAAUAUAGUCUGAAUUCUGGACUCGUCAGGCUUUUUUUUUUUUUUUUUAAGUAGAAUAGCGGUUUCGCCUACAAAAGAUUUUUAUUUUUGUCAAAUGGCCAGAACAGAUUUUUGUAGCUUGAAGAGGUAGUUUCCAUAUGCUGUAUUUUUCCUAGCAAAAGAUUUUGGGAAUCUCGUUUUUAAAAGUCAGAGCUGACUCGUCAACAGAAAAUUAAAAAAAAAUUGGAGGCCUUGGUCAAGUAAAAUAAUUUAAUAGGUCAGGUUUUAGCAAUUGUAGAAUACAGCUAUGAAGCUUUGAAAUACAUAUACACACCUUUAGGGGGAAAAAGUAAAGUCACUUUCACUUAGAUUUGUGACAAAAAACUGCAACUGUAAUUACAACAAUCAAAGUUGAUUUCGACCUUUUUGGGGAAUUUUCUUUGUAUUUUAUGGUCAAUAAAUUUAUAUAAUUCUUACAAUUUCUUUCAUUUUUAGUGGUCUAGCUGAUCAUGCUAUGUGCUUUGCCUUAUAUUAUAGAACUGAUUUAAAAUAUAUGAAGUAUCACUUCUAAUAUAAAAUUGUAUGCAAAUUGUCCUUGGAAUUUUCCAACAAAAUUUUGCUGUUGCUUGAUUAUAUUUCCAACAUUUUUACAUAAAUAUAUGCAAUAAUAAUAAUGAGUUUGCUGGACAUUUAUGAGGUGUACAUUUUGUGCAAUGGGACAAUUGUAAAUUUACCCCGUUUUGGAUUAAAAAGAAACCUUUAACAGAUCUCGGAACUGAU